AUUCUGAAUCAGACGGCUGAGCACAGGUUGGAGAGUCGACACACACACAAGCGCGCGCCCAGACAGAGCCUCUGUCAGUGGGUUCCUGACCCAGGGAGUCGAGGGAAAGUGUUAUCUGUUUUAACGGGACGACCAUCGUGGAAGGCUCUAAAAUGUUUGCCAGAAUCCCGAGACUGACUCCUGGUUAUAUCAGGCUGCUGCAGACCCAGGCCUACCACAACGCGCCCGUGACUGCUCCAGCAGAGAAGUCUAUGCCUGGUAUGGCCAUGCUGCUGGGGGCCGUGGGGAUCGGGGUGUGUGGGUACAGCUCCAGGCAGCUGGCCCUGCACCACCGGCCCUCCACCCGCGUGCUGCACUGGGUUGGCACCCACACCGAUGCGAGCAGCGUCGGCGUGGGAGGACAUCGCCCCCCGGUUCUGGAUGUGACUCGCAGAGCUGCUGCAUGCCCGGAGAUCCCGCCUCCCUCAUUCGUGGGCCAGAAAGUUCCCUUCCAAUAACCAGUGGAUAUAAAGGAUAUAGAUCGGCCAGCGAUAUCGAUUAAGUCCCAGUAGCUAUACUUCCAUACGUCCACGAUUGUAGCCAUGCAGGCCCAUCGCAGCGAUGUGGCCCAUGUGCUCUCUGAAGACGAACGAGUGUGGCUACCCAACUUAAUAGAUAUGUUGGCAGGAAACUGGAAACUAUGGUAAUGUGUUAUUGUGAUUAGUGCAAUGAAUACUGAUUAGGAAUAAUUUAAAUUCCGAUGGGUCGUAUAACUCAUUCACUAAUAGACUAUUUCAAGCAUUGAUAGCAGUUAGCAAUAAGAGCUAUCAUGUUUAAUUUGGAGACAUUGUGUGUCUUCUGUAGCUCCGGAGGAAAAAGGGACAGAGAUUUGGCAGUGGGCUUCUGUGCACAGAUGGUUUUCUUGUUGAGCGCCCCCCUCUCCAUCCUUCCAUCCCUUCCCGAGCAGAAAGCCAUGUGUAAGUGCUUGAACAGCCCACCCCUGCCCAUGACUUCGAUUGAUUUCCUCUGAGGAGGAGCAGGUGCCAUCCAUCAACCAACCUAUGUGGGUUCUGGCACUUUCUGCACUGUUUGUCAAUCAUGGAAGACACAAGAGGAAGUCAGGGAUUUUUCUUUUUUCAGAAGAGAGUGAAGUGCACGUGUCUAAAUACGGCAUCUAAACAUGAGUAGACAACACUCGCAUGUCUAUGACUUACUGGAUUAUGAGUCCUAAUUUGUGUGUCUGAGACGCUACGGUGUGCAGGUACAACAAGGUGAACAGGGUGAUUCCUCUAGGAUAAGCUUAUGCCCUCAGUGGGGAUUAAUCCUUGUGGAAAAUCAAUCCUGGCACACACAGUCAUUAACCUAAUCUGGUAUUAGAGAGCCAAGGACCCGUGAGAGACAGACAGUCACCGUGUAUCCAAAACAUUGUGCCGUCCCCCCUGCAGUGUCCACCAUUCAUCUCACUGUCACCGAUUGGUUUAUAGAUUAUAAAGGCGGUGUCUCUCACUGCAUAAGAGAGGUAAGAAUAAAAAAGGGGACUUGAGAUGUGGCGAGACGCUGAGCGUGGUUGAGAACGCGUGCUGUGCCUUAUGGAUUGCGCCGGAUUACGCUGUCUUUCUGUAUUCUUGGGAAUAGAUUUGUUGAGAAGUAUUACAUAACCUGGUGACACCAGUCGUUAGAGGCGAGGCUUUCAUUUCUCCGCGAGCAAAGAUCGGGAGGAAUUUCCCUCACUUUCUGCUGUGAAAAGGGAGGAUGGUGAGGAAGUUGAGUGUCUCAUCAGUUAGAGGUCAGCCAGACCUUGUAAUCAUAGCUGAAGCAUUAAUAGCUGAGGAGCCAGCUUUGUCUGUAUGCCAAAUCGGACAAGUGGUGAGCCGGAGCAGAUUGGGGCUCUUUAGAGGCCCAACAGAGGCCCUCCAGAACAGUAGCGCAGCAAGUCUCCGACAGAAUUGUUGUAAUCCACUCAGCAGAAGGGGCGAGUGGCUCCAACUGGCCUCGUACGCAGAGCAAUCACUCAUUUUGCCCUGUACGGAAAUCAGCUCCUGCAAAAACCGUUUUACACUGGCGUUUAACGGAGACGAAACAAAUACAAUUUAACUUGUUUGUUGUUUUUAACGUGUUUAAAUUCCACGUCUGACAGAUUUUAUCAUGCCUACUCCCAACUGCAUUAGGUAGUCAGGCUUUGCACCUCAAGAGUUGUGAAAUCGAUGUGGUUAUGGGCUGGAGGCUGUGUAAUGCACCUGACUGGUUUUGAUGGAUUCUCUCUAUACUGCAGUGGUGCACAGUGAGCACUGAGCGCUGUGGAAACCUAUUGAUCUCAAUCAGAGAGUGAGGGAGGAGAGGCUGUCUCCGCUCUGCAGCAAAGCUUCACUCAGCGUUGUGCAUUUUUAAAGGAAAACAGCUAUGACAGUGCGAUGGUUCCUGUUGGAUCUGGAAUCUUUGAAGGCCCGGUGUUCACGUGGUACUUUAGCUCGUAGUCACACACCAGUGCUCCUCCGGUUCAGUCAACUGUAUGUUCCUCUGCAAACUUUAGUUCAGCUGUCUCCAUUAAAAGAUACAUUUGUUCUGUUUGUAGAAGAAUUCAUAACAGAUCUGUGUUAGAAAAGAUACGUGAAAUAAAAGCAUAUUGCAAACAAACUGCUCUUCCGUUGCACUUUAGUCACAGACGUAAUUCAAGCUGUAUUUGCACACCUCUGUGAAAUGAAAUGUUUAUUUCCUUCCUUCCUUCCUUCCUUUUUGUACCAAAAAAUAAAUAUUUUUAGUCAAA